GGUGACAACAUAUGGUGAAAACCUACGUUGAGCUGGGGGGUAAUAUGGAAACCUUAAGAGAUACUGGUGGCGUUGGAGCAAACGAUCACUCUACAGCCUUUGGAGCCGGAGCAAUGACGGAUCCUGGACUGGAAGAGGUGAGGAUGAUCUUCCGUGUUCAAGGCCUUUGGACUGCAGCGAAGUUGGACAGCGAUUAUGCUACAUCGGCCACCUCUGACAGUGGCGAGGAGAGUGAUGAAGUCAUUCCUCCCAAACCUGUGUUUGCUGCCCCAGAAGUUCCUAGUGGAUACCAAUUUGUCCAACACAAGAAGUCGAAGACUUUGCAUUUGGUUGAUUUAAAAUUUCCAAGAUCCACUGAGUGUGGAAGAGCCGUGAAUCAGAACUACACCGACAAACCGGUGGUGAGGUGGGAUUCAGCGGUGUGUCACCUUUGCAAACGCAAACAUAAAGUGUGAGCUUGGACAACGAGCCAGG